GCUUUAUUAAAAAUAAUUAAAAUUACGAAAUUUUUAACAUAAAUUAUUCAAUUAUAUUCACAAGAAAGUUAUUUGAGCAGAAUAACAUAGAAAAGUUUAUUAGAAAUUAUUUGAAAAGAUCGAAAAAAAGGAGUUUAAAAUUUUUUCGCAUUGGAAACAAAGAAAGCUCAACAAAGCGGAGAACAAAAAAUUAUAUGAGAAUAUAAAAAAUAAAACAAGUUUUACUUUUCCACUAUAUUCGUAACAGAAAUACCAUAAAAGCGGACAAGAAGUGCAUUAAAGUAGAAAAUGAAAAAAGUUAUAAAAAUGAAACAAAUUUUUUAAGUAGCUUUCCCCCAAAAAACUAAAGUUAAUAAAAGUUAAAAAUUAAAAAAAAAACCCUGGUGUUGAAUUUAAUUUAUUGAAAAAAGGUUGUCAAUCUACUGUUUUAGUUUUUGUGCGUUUUUGUCGAAACGGUACUGAAUAAUAUAAAUAACAGAUAAAUGGAGGGAUCCGAUGGAUCGCCUCCUCAAUCACUUUGCAUGAUUCGAGCUGCUGAACUAUUUCCUAAACAACAAAUGGAAAAAGAAGAUACACAAUUGGUUGUCCCAUUUCAAGAACUUGCUGGAGAAUCAGUAAGAUAUUUGGGUCGCACCGAUGAUGGUGUACUAGCACUAUCGAAUUAUCGUAUAUUUUUACUUAAGAAUUCAAAUAACUCUGAAACUUCUGUACCACUUGGACUAAUUGAGUCGGCACAGUGCCGAGAUCUAUUUCACCUUAUCAUAAAUUGUAAAGAUGCAAGCACAGUAAAAUGUUCCUUUGAGACGGCAGAACAAUGCUCAGAAUGGCAACGUCGAAUUCAAAAUUCUGUUGGAAUACCAGAAACAUUAGAAUCACUGUUUGCAUUUCCUUUCUAUUCAUGGACAUAUGACAGUAUCAAUUGUGGUAAUUCAGCAAAUAAUGGCAGUAUUGAAAACCCGCCUUCUUCUGUAUGUUCAGCUCCUGAUUAUUCAGAACGUUUGCAAAGAUCCGCACAAUAUGAGGAAGAUUUUAUGCGUGAAGUAGAGCGGUUAGGAUUUGAUGUAAAUGGUUCUUGGCGCAUAUCGAAUGCAAAUGCAGAUUUUAAAUUAUGCCCAUCGUACCCACAAAAAAUACUUGUUCCCUGUUGCAUCUCAGAUGAUACCCUUAAUAUAGUGGCAAAUUUUCGCGGAUCAAGGCGGUUGCCUGCAGUUGUUUGGCGUCAUCGGCGAUCUGGCGCUGUUAUAGCUCGUUGCAGUCAACCUGAAGUUGGUUGGCUUGGCUGGCGCAAUGCCAAGGAUGAACAACUACUUAAAGCUUUAGCUGAUGCAUGUGCUUUUGAUAGAGGUGAACAGAGUCGCAGACUUUUACAAACAAAAUCUGGUAAUUGUCCAAUUCCUUCCGGUGAAAACUCACCAACCAGUCCAGAUGAUAGUCACGAGGAGGUGGCGUUUGAUGAAGUGAGAAAAGUUUUAAUUGUUGAUGCACGUAGUUAUACUUCAGCUGUAACGAAUCGUGCACGUGGUGGCGGUUGCGAGUGUAUCGAAUAUUAUCCUUGUGCAGAGAUAGAGUUUAUGAAUUUAGGUAAUAUACAUGUUAUACGUAAAAGUUUUCAUGCACUGCGUCAAUUAUGCGCUUCGCCAGCAGACGUACCAAAUUGGCUUACUUUACUGGAAAAAACUAUGUGGUUACAACAUUUAUCAGGACUUUUGACAGCAUCAAUGACAGUUUGUCACGCAAUUGAAAAGAAAGGUCGUCCUGUUUUGGUGCACUGUUCAGAUGGUUGGGAUCGGACUCCACAAAUUGUUGCCACUGCACAACUAUGUUUAGAUCCAUUCUAUCGCACAGUAGAAGGUUUUCGUGUAUUAGUUGAACGUGAAUGGCUGAGUUUUGGUCAUAAAUUUGCAGAUCGUUGUGGUCAUGGACCUGGUUCCGAUGAACUCAAUGAACGAUGUCCUGUAUUUUUACAGUGGUUAGAUUUAGUACAUCAGUUACAUAAACAAUUUCCAUGCAGUUUUGAAUUUAGCAUGGGUUAUUUGAUAAAAUUAGCACAACAUUCACUCUCAUGUUUAUUUGGCACAUUUUUGUGUAAUACAUUAAAAGAACGCGUAGAGAACUCCGUUUUUGAACGUACGUUUUCAGUUUGGCCAUUUUUGUCUGGAUCUAUGUAUAAAAAUCCUUUGUAUAUGCCUAAUAAGGAAAAGGUAUUAUGGCCAGCUCAUAAUGUUCGUGAUUUAUACUUAUGGACUGAAGUUUAUUGGGGUAGUUUGGGUAACCAAAACUCAAUUGAUUUUCCAUCUUGUAAUGUUGAUGGGUUAAAUGGUUCAAUAAGUAGGUUAUUUAUUUUUGCCAUACAAGCAUUUAUGUUAAUACAAGGUUUUUUUUUUGAAGGUCCAAUGGCUAAGACGAGAUCUUAUGGUGAUUUAAUAAGUGCUGGUAUAAUUCAAAACGGAUUAUCUAGAAGAUCUAGUGACCCCAAUAUGACUGUCGAUCCAAAUUUAAUCAUUGGGUCAAGUUCGGAAAAUGAUUCAAUUGCGGAUAUGCAAUCCGAGCGUGAAGAUUCACCUGAUAUUAUAGCAAAUUUUAUACAUGACACUACGAGAAAACUACAAAACCUAACAACCGAAUUAAAUAAUCCUGAUGAAGAAGUUCUGAAUAUUCGGCAAAAGAUUGAUAAGUUAAAUGUAAGCGAAAGUGAAACAAAUGAAAAUUAUGAAGAAACAAUGCAGAAGUUAGUACAACACCAACAGCAAAUGUUGCAGCACCAACAAAGCACAGAUAUUCUAUUAAACACUAAUAACCAAACACAUAUAACAUUAACAAAUGACUCAACAUUGUUAUCUAGUCCUCAAGUUCUUCAUUUAAAUACAAAAAAUUGUGAACUUGAUACGAUUUCACAUAAGUACAAAGAUAAUGAUAUGAUAUGCGCACCAUCGAGUUCCAUAGCUGUCUUAACCUCAAAAACAGAAUUACAAGACGCACUUGAUAGCUGUAUUACUGACAAGACUGUAUCAACAUGUGAAAAUAUUUGUAAUAAAGAUAAUAUCGUCAACACAACAAAUAUACUCGAAAUUGUAACUAAUGGAGCGACAAAUGAAACGAAACCACUCGUGAAUGUAGAUUUAUUAAGAAGCGUAGAUUUAGGAGCAAAUUCAAAUAGUGAUAGUCAAAAUGGUGAUAAUAUGUGGCACGGUUCGGUCAAUACUAGUACUGAUACUCUUGUGCCAAUUGAAAACUCACAACAAAAUAUUACUUGUAAGCAACAGCUGCAUUCAAACUCUGAAAGUCAUGACAUUACAGAUGGUAAUAAUGCAUUUUCAGUGAAAUCUAGCUUAAAUAAUUUAGACACAACGGUGGAAUUUAUUAAAGAGGAACGAAAAUCAAAUGAUAACAACAGCACAAAUAGUAAAAUUUUACCUAAAGUACACACUCCAACUUGUCGUCCUAAUGCCUUGUUAAACUCACUAGGCAAAACCACAAAUUUGCCUUCAUCUGUUGAUAUAAUCAGCGAUAACGCAGACAAGAAUGUAUUAUUAUAUGAUACUAGCUACGGGUGUAAAGGAGCAAUAAGUACAGAUGGAACUCUUAAAUCGGUAACACAAAUUCCUGCAACUAAUUCCAUGGACGAAAGUAUACUUAUAUUACCAGAACAUCAAAAACUCGAAAUUUCAGUAAGUGGAAAAUGUGAGACUAUUCCAAGUAAUGGCGUUACUGUAGCGACCUCUAACACACCUAAUUCAUAUUAUAACACAACUUUUACAACUACCUCCAAUCAACAAAGAAGAAGGCGUACGUCUUCAUCAAAUUCACGACGUGAAGCAUUUUUUACAAGACAAAUCAAUGGGAGCACAAAUUCGCGAUUUUCAUUACCGGGCGUACGUUCACUUCCUAUGACCCCGCCAGGUUUACCUGAACGAGCACAAAUUGCGCUUUCCUGCCCAGAUGGUUUGGCUCAUGCUUUAAGCGAACAGAAUAUAAGACUACAACAGAUUGUACAUGAGCAUAAGUUGCGUGAGGACGUUCUCUUACGUGAAAUACACGAUAUGCGAAUGGCACUGUUAAAAAAGGUUUGUCCAAAUUGCAAUAAUGCAGCAACCGCAGCAAAUGAGGAGCAGUGUUCUGCCUUAGAUAAUGUGGAAAAUGCCUCGAUAUGUUCGUGGGAGGCAGUUGAAGAUCGUAGCGGUCCUUCGUCAUGCGCCAGUUCCUCAAUACAGCCAAAUGCUACAAGUGUUCUUUGGGUUCCUGAUCAUGCAGUGUCUCGUUGCACAAGUUGUCAAACAGAAUUUUGGCUUGGUAGACGGAAACAUCAUUGCCGGUCCUGUGGUCAAAUAUUCUGCGCUGAUUGUUCGGAAUUUUGGGCACCCUUACCUGAUGAAAAACUUUUCAGUCCUGUCCGUUUGUGUGGUCCUUGCUACCAUUCAGUUACAACACGCAUGCAACAAGUUAACCAGUAUAAUAACGCAGCACUACUUCAAUUGGAACAGAGUACUGCAAAGGCAGCUGGAAACGGAAUGGGAGUUUCGAUGGCAGCGACGCCUUCACCACCCUCAGCAACUUCAAAAGCCUGAAAUAGUUUUUAGACUGGAAAGUAAAUAUUUACUACAAGUUAACAAUUUAUAAAACGAUAGGAAAAAAAUAUUGUAAACAAAAAAGUGAAAAAUUAAUGUUUGAUGAAAUAUAAUUAUGAAUAUUAUUAAUGUUGUUGCUGCUGCCAUAAAGUAUGUAGUGGUUAAAAUGAGUGUAGAACGUGAACGAAAAUGUGAAAGCUAUAUUAAUUGAUGUUAUCCUGAAACGAGGAGUUAAGGAGUUGAGAUGUACCAUAGAGAAGAUAAAAAACAAAGAACCUUAGUAACUGUGUCUUGACCUGACUUAACAAAAACUUUCAUAGUCUAGAGAAUUUCUAUAUUCAGCAAUUAUAAUUGUAAACAAAAAUUUUAAUUAAAUUUGUGAUAAUUAUUUA